CCUGCCCUGGCAGGGCACUCAGUUGGAAAGAUGAGGACUCCCCACCGGAGAAGGUGCAAAGCCCUGGGGUAGCGCCCCGGCCCCCGAUCAGCCAUGGUGCUGCCCAUCGCCAGCAGCAGCAUGGAGCUGCAGCAGGACAAUGGGCUCUGUGUCCGCAACAACAUCGGCGGCUGCCGGCUGAAGUACGAGGAGCCUCGGAGCCGGAGGAACUCCAUCCCCCCCGUGCAGACUCCCACCGCCAAGCACAUGCUUGCCUACCUGCCCCGGCCCCCGACGGACACCAGCAGAUAUGGUGCCUUCCCUCAGAAGCCUGAAAUGAUGGUCAUCCCCAUGGGCCUAUCAGAAGAGAGCCAACAGCAAACAGACCCUGCGGUUGAAAAGAAAAAUGCCCCGAUGUCAAACUUUGUGCCCCACUCCUGUGGCUCAAACAUCCCCAAUGACAGAUCAGUCCUUCAGAGGAGACUCAGUAUGGUGGAGCAGACCAGCACAGGUGCGGUGGUACCCAUGAAGCACCGGCCCAGCGUCUCCAUCAACACUGAAGAUUUGCCCAAGUACCGCCGGGCAUCGCGCAAUGAUCCCCUGCCUCCACUCCGGGACAUCAACACCCGGUGGUACCCACGGCAUGCUCUCAGUGUGCCCAACAUCCCCAACUCAGCACGGAAAAAAACGCCCACCCGGAGCAUUGUCUCCGUGACCCCCUCAGAGAAACCUCAGAACCGGCGCUGCAAGCUCAUGGACGACGAUCGGCAGUUCAGCUCCGCCAACAAGCAGCAGCGGCAGCGCUAUGUGACCAAAAUGGGCAAGUGCCAGGUGAAUCUGGGCCGCAUCCAGGAAAAGAAGAGGUUCCUGUCGGACAUUUUCACCACCAUUGUGGACCUCAAGUACCGCUGGUUCCUCUUUGUCUUCAUGAUGUGCUACAUCGUCACCUGGGUGGUCUUUGGCAUCAUCUACUUCUUCGAUGCCUGGAUUAGGGAUGACGUCAACCACAUAGGAGACCCGGAGUGGAAGCCUUGCAUCGAGAAUGUGGACAAUUUCAUAUCUGCCUUACUUUUCUCCGUGGAAAGUCAAAGGACCAUUGGUUAUGGCUCCCGGAUUGUGACAGCCGAUUGCACUGAGGGCGUCAUUUUGCUGAUGGCCCAGUCCAUCGUUGGGUCCAUGAUAGAUGCCCUCAUGGUGGGAUGCAUGUUCGUCAAGAUCUCCAGGCCCAAGAAGCGCGCCCAGACCUUAAUAUUCAGCAAGAAGUGCGUUGUCUCCCACCGGGAUGAGAAACUCUGCCUGAUGUUCCGCAUCGGCGACCUCCGGGACAGCCACAUGGUGGAUGCGAAAAUAAGGGCCAAACUGAUCAAAUCCAGACAAACCAAGGAAGGGGAGUUCAUCCCCUUGGAGCAGUCGGAGCUGAACCUGGGCUAUGACACAGGGGAGGACAGGCUCUUCUUGGUGGAGCCACAGAUCAUCUGCCAUGUCAUCAAUGACCACAGCCCCUUCUGGGAAAUGACAGCAGAGUCGCUGAAGAGGGAGCAGUUUGAGAUCAUUGUGAUCCUGGAGGGCAUCGUGGAAGCCACAGGAAUGACAUGUCAAGCCCGGACCUCUUACAUAGAGGACGAGAUCCUUUGGGGAUAUCGGUUCGAGCCCUGCAUGACCCUGGAGAAAGGAGCCUUUCGAGUAGACUACAGCAGGUUUGAGAAGACAUUUGAGGUGCAGACCCCAGCAGCCAGCGCCAAGGAGAUGUACGAACUGAAGGAGAUAGAACGUCAGGACCAGUCCACCCUGAGCUUGUACUGGGACCACCUGGUGCAUCCCUGCUUCUCAGCCGAGCUGAACGAUGUCCUGCAGGAUGAGAGUCCCAGUGAGGAAACCCUGGCCAGGCUGGGCAUCCCCAACAUCACGGAGGAGGAAAUGAGUGCUGAGUUCCAGAGCCAGAUCGGUAUCUGAGCUCCUCCCCAACACAGAGUGACAGGAGACACCCCAGUGCAGCCACUUGUCUGCCCCAAGUACGAGUGCUGCUGCUUUGCAUCCGGAGAUGUCCCUGGUGCAAGCAGGGGGAGAGGCAAGGGGAAAGAUGCACUGCUGCUCUCCGGCCAACCUGAGCGUGCAUUGAGGUCUUCACCAGUGAGCUCUGUGGUGGAGCCAUUGUGCUCUCUCUCUCUCUCUCUUUCUCCAAUAAAGGUAGUUGAUGCUACCUUCCUAUGGAGGAGGCGGUGGGGUUAGAGACCCCUGUAGCUCCCUUCUCCAGGCUGGGGUAAGGGACCAGGGAAAUGUGGAACAAGGGCUUGGGCCACACAGCCUGGAGGCUCAUCAGCCAUUGACUGUUAUGUGGAGGAAAUGUCACCUUCCCUGUGCGUAUAAGGUGUUACCCCGGGGUAGGUCAUAAGCAGCAGAGAUCAACUUGAGACCUGUAGAUCUUACGGCCUGUGCUAAAUGGCCAGCUCUGCUAGCUCAAGGGCUGUAGCAGAGAGUGACCGAGAGCUCCCAUGUGUGGGUGUGGGUCACAUGACACAAGAAUUAACAAUCCCACCUUCAGACACCCCAGGGAGUGCCGCUUGGAGGGGGACAGGGAACCCCUCUCCACAGUCUCUGGUUCCCAUUAUGUCCACAUCAGGCACUUUAGGGUUUGUGCAGCCCUUUUGGUUUCACACGUUCUCCUGCCACCAUGCCACGUCCUUCAUGGACUGUAGGUACCCGGAGCUGGUGCUUCCCCCAGACGCAGCUCGGGCACUCCCGUGGAAGUUUCUCCUACUGACAGUGCCAUAUGGAACUCUCUCUCUGUACGGUGUAUCCCUCCCCCCUCCUUCUCUGCAUCCUCUGACCGCUGUCCCUAACCUCUCAACACAUCCCGCGUCUCCAGGUCGAGCUGCAGCUAAGUGGAAUUAUUUUUGCUAAAUCUUUUGUAAUAAGGUCACGG